GGACGUCGUCGGACGGCAGCUUUACACUUGUUACAAAAGUCAAACUUCUUCUCAGCAACACUUUCUCUUUAUAGUCAAACUUACCCGAGAAACAAAUCAGUCACACAGAGAAUCCAGAUAGAUUGUGAUAUAUUAACAUCGAGAGAGAGAGAGAGAGAUAGAGAAAUCAGAAAUGGCUUCAGUGGAUUCUCGAAGUGGUUUCUGCAACUCCAAUUCCACAUUCUACAGCAAACGGAGACCGAUUCCGUUGCCGCCGAAUCCGUCGCUCGACGUUACUACUUUCAUCUCUUCUCAGGCUCAUCGCGGCCGUAUCGCCUUCAUCGACGCCUCCACCGGUAAGAAUCUCACCUUCUCCGAGCUAUGGCGUGCCGUCGAAUCCGUCGGCGAUUGUCUCUCCGAGAUGGGGAUUCGCAAGGGCCAUGUCGUCCUCCUCCUCUCCCCUAAUUCCAUUUUAUUCCCCGUCGUUUGUCUCUCCGUGAUGUCACUCGGCGCCGUUAUCACCACCACAAACCCUCUCAACACUCCCGGCGAGAUCGCCAAACAGAUUAACGACUCCAAUCCCGUGCUCGCCUUCACCACGUCGCAGCUCCUCCCCAAAAUCGUCUCCGCCGCGUCGUCGGGCUCUAAGAAGCUCCCGAUCGUGCUCAUGGACGAGGAACGAGUUGACUCAGUGGGCGAUGUGAGAAGAUUGGUGGAGAUGAUGAAGAAGGUGCCGAGUGGAACCCGAGUUAUGGAGCGAGUCGACCAGGAUGACACGGCGACUUUGCUUUACUCUUCCGGAACCACCGGGAUUAGCAAAGGAGUGAUCUCCUCUCACCGUAACCUUAUCGCGAUGGUACAAACCAUCGUGAACCGGUUUGGUUCUGACGACGGAUCUCAGGGAGAGCAACGGUUCAUCUGCACCGUCCCUAUGUUUCACAUCUACGGCUUAGCAGCGUUCGCCACUGGUCUACUCGCUUACGGAUCGACGAUCGUCGUUCUCUCCAAAUUCGAGAUGCACGAGAUGAUGUUUUCGAUUGGGAAAUACCAGGCGACGUAUCUUCCUCUCGUGCCGCCGAUUCUUGUGGCGAUGAUCAACGGCGCAGAUCAGAUCAAGGCCAAGUACGACCUGAGCUCUCUCCACACUGUUUUGUGCGGUGGAGCUCCGUUGAGCAAGGAGGUGACCGAGGGAUUCAUGGAGAAGUAUCCGACGGUCAAGAUUUUACAAGGUUAUGGUUUGACCGAGUCAACGGGUAUAGGAGCCUCCACGGAUACUGUUGAGGAAAGCCGGAGAUACGGCACCGCAGGGAAAUUGUCGGCUAGCAUGGAGGGGAGGAUCGUGGAUUCGGUGACUGGUCAGGUUCUUGGACCGAAACAUACCGGUGAGCUCUGGCUCAAGGGUCCGUCCAUAAUGAAAGGUUAUUUCAGCAAUGAGGAAGCUACGAGCUCUACUCUUGAUUCUGAAGGAUGGUUAAGAACUGGAGAUCUCUGCUAUAUCGAUGAAGAUGGAUUCAUAUUUGUGGUUGAUCGGUUAAAGGAACUGAUCAAGUACAAAGGCUACCAGGUCCCUCCAGCUGAGCUAGAGGCUUUGUUGCUCACUCAUCCUGAAAUUGCCGAUGCUGCAGUAAUACCGUUUCCGGACAAAGAAGUUGGGCAAUUUCCAAUGGCAUACGUUGUAAGAAAAACAAAGAGCUUCUUAUCAGAGAAGUCGAUAAUGGAGUUUGUAGCGAAACAAGUAGCACCGUACAAGAGGAUACGAAAAGUGGCUUUCGUAUCUUCCAUACCAAAGAAUCCUUCAGGCAAGAUUCUGCGCAAGGAUCUCAUAAAGCUCGCAACUUCCAACUCCAAGCUUUGAAUUUGUUACACUACUCUAUAACGAGAGUCAAUCUCCAUGUAUUAUUAAUGUUUGUACUUUGUACUGUAGCAAAAGAAAGCUACCUUCCUGGAAAUAUGACCCUGAGGCCUCCAACACACAGAAGAUUACACAUAAAAUCAUGUGGGCAGCAGUACUGUUCAUUUAGAUAUCGUCAACUUUCAAAAUAUGUUUAUGAUCAAGUACUAGAUAUGGAGUCUACUUUCAAAACUUGAUUAUGGGAUUCUUAUACGGUUAUACCUCUAUAGUAGUAUAAAGAAUAAAAAACUAUAAUAUACAAGGCUGAUGAUUUAUUUCCAACUUUCAUAUAUU